AUGGAGGCUUCUGGGAAUCAUUCAAUAGGCGCUGGUGGCCAAAUCCAUCCCCAUGCGCUCACAUUUACGGGGGACUCUCCCGCAACGAUCGAAAAUAAUCACGGUACGAAUCAGGUAGCUAGCGUGGGUCACAUGCAGCUUAACCGCGCUAUCCUAAACAGGUCGGAAAACGAGCUUAGAGGACUGCUCUCCCAGGGCGCUCCGGUCAACGUACGAGAUCGUUCUGGGUACGAGCCACUUCAUCACGCAGUUGCAUAUCAAGAUGAGAAAGUGAUACAACUCCUACUAGACUUUGGUGCAAAUGUUGAUGCCAAAGUUGGAAUGGAUCGUACCGCUUUACAUCUGGCAGUACGGAAAAAGAUUUCAUUGAGGGUUCUCUUGCGAGCAGACUGUAAUCUCAACGCACAAGACGCACAAGGCAAUACUCCGCUACUUUGGCUCCUGUCCCAACCACUCCCUGAUGAUUCCCUCGACGAAAAUAUCCGCCUUCUCAUCACCGCGGGGGCCGAUGUCAAUGUUACCAACAAUAGUGGAAAUAGUGCAUUCCACCUCCUCCUGAAUCAAGUGAACAACGACAAUACGCAUGUCUAUAAGAUGGUACAACAUUUUCUCGAGGCUGGAGCCGACACCUUCCUUCCUAAUAGAGUUGGCAGACUGCCAUUUGAUGUGUUUCUACAACGGUCUCGAUUUCUACACCGAGGUGAUCGUACAUCCACCUCCGACGAUAAGUCUCACCCCUGGAAACAGUGGAUAGAGAGCGCGGAGGGUUGUUUCUUGGCCUUCCUUGAGAGCGGAGUGGAUUUCAACGUACGAGAUACUUCGGAUGAGCUGGUAGCUCAUCUUUAUCUGCAGCGACGAUAUCACAUGUCCUCCCCAAUCACCAAACAGGUCACAAGCCUCUUGAGCCAAAAGGUGGAUCUCAACAAAAUAGGAAAGAAUGGUAACCAUUACAUUCACGAGCUAGUGACCUUUGUCGCUGCACAUAGAUACUAUCCAGGCGGGGAAAAUGAUUUGCGAACGGUGCUCAACAGGGGAGCGGAUCCAAAUCUCCAGAAUAUACAGGGAAGUUCGCCGAUAAUGGUACUCCUGACUUUUCAACAAGAGUAUGGCCUUUCAAUUUGGGGUCAUAGUAUGAAUGACCUCUUGGAAAUUCUCUUGAAGAGUGGCGCAAAACCUUGGAUUCGCGACAAUUCUGGGAAUCUGCCCAUAUAUGAAGCAGCACGAAAUUUCCCAAGCAGUGCUCGUGAAAUAACACAGAUGCUAUUGUUGAUAAAAAGAGAAGAAGACACGUCGCAAGAUCGAGAGACACUGGAGUGGUACGACAACACUAAGCACAAGAAAGAUUCGUCAUGGUGGGACGCAUGGGACCGAGCUGUUGCAGAUGACGAUUGGGAUCGGCACAAGGCCUGUUUGGAUGUCGCAAGAAAGUCAUUGCCUGUCGAUAUCCAGGAGACUUUCUACAAGAUUAUGAUAGGCAUACUAGCAGAAAUCUAUCUCGAGAAAGCCAAGGAGAGGUUCUCAGCGAAAGAGAUCUCGUUGAACGAGCGCCGGAGUUUUAUCUCUUCAAUUACUAAAGACGCAAGGAUGUUAAGGUUUCAUCUGGAUCGCACCUGGUUAGAAUGGGCCGUAACUAUCCUUGAAGAAUGA